AUUCCUCCGUUGUUGUUGCGCUUUCAUUUUUGGACUUUGAAUCGCUGCCUCUCGAGUUUGAACGACAAUAUUUACCUAACUCGCAACGCCAUCGAGUGGAGAGCCAUGUUCCGGACACGGGUGCACCGCAAUCUGUCGUGGAUCUCGACGAACUCAUCGCGGACGACGACGACUCAUGGCCAGCACUACCAGUAUUUGCAGUGCUCCAAGCUGCCGACCCUCUAUUUCCAGCGCUCCCUGCCGAGACUGCCCAUCCCGCUGCUGGAGAACAGUUGUCGGCGGUUCCUGGAGGCCACCAAGCCGCUCCUCUCGCCGGCAGAGCAGGCAGAUACCCAGAAAACGGUGGAGGAAUUCCGACAGGGAGUCGGCAUGGAGCUGCACGCGAAACUGAAGGCCCACGACGCCGAGAACAAGCACACUAGCUACAUAUCUCAGCCCUGGUUCGACAUGUACCUGGCCGAUCGAGCGCCCCUGCCCCUCAACUACAAUCCCCUGCUGGUGAUGAAGAGCGACCCUCGACCGGAGUACCAAGACCAGGUUGUGAGGGCCACCAACAUGAUCAUCAGCUCGCUCCGCUUCUGGCGCUCCUUGCAAGCGGAUCUGCUCGAGCCGGAGGUCUACCACAUGAACGCCAAGAAGAGCGACACCGCCAGCUACCGCAGGUGGAUGAAGGUGGCUCCAAAGGCCUUCGCCACCUACGCCUCGUACGCCUUCAAGGCAUUCCCGCUGGACAUGAGCCAGUAUUGCCGGCUGUUCGGCACCUCCAGGAUUCCCAGGAUCGGCAAGGACGAGCUCGUGCAGUCGCCCGACUCCAAGCACAUCCUGGUGAUGCGACGCGGUCACAUGUACGCCGUGAACGUCCUGGACUCCAGUGGCUACAUCGAGAGCCCAAGUGUGAUUCUGGGCAGGCUCAGGGCUGUGCUCAAGUUGGGUGCGGAUCGCGAGGCAGCCAGUGUUCCCCUGGGCGUUCUCACCUCCGGACAACGCGACGAAUGGGCCAAGAGCAGGGAGCAGUUUGUCAGCAACCCCAAGAACGCGGAUCUCCUGCAGAGCGAAGUGGACGCGGCCCUGUUCUGCGUUUGUUUGGAUGGCGAAGAGGAUGGAGUGUUCAACGAAGAGAGCCAGGCUCCUUUGCUGAAGCAUCUGCUGGCGGGAAAGGCUCAAAAUCGCUGGUUUGACAAAUCCAUUUCACUGCUAAUCAGCGCGGAUGGUACCACGGCCAUAAACUUCGAGCACUCGUGGGGCGAUGGAGUGGCGGUCCUGCGCUACUUUAACGAGCUCUACAAGGACACCCUGAAUCAGCCGUAUGUGUCCACGGAGACGGUUCACACACCCGCCGAAGGAGACUUGAGCAACGUGCGACCCGUCAACUUUGAGAUCGACGAUGCCACCAAGUCGGCAGUUACGGAGGCUUUCAACAAAAACGCCAGCAUUGUGGACAGUCUGGACAUGAAUGUGCUGAAGUAUCCGCACAUCAACAAGCCGAUCUGCAAGCAGUUCGGCUUGAGCCCCGACUCCAUCAUCCAGCUUUCCUUCCAGCUGGCCUACCGCCAGGCCUACAGUGGCUACGUGGGCAGCUACGAGUCGUGCAGCACCUCCGCUUUCCGGCAUGGACGCACGGAAACGAUGCGACCGUGCACGAACGCCACGAAGGACUUCUGCGAGGCUAUCCUGCAGCCGGAGAAGAGCAAGCCCAGCGCCGGAGAGCUGCGGGCAAUGAUCGACCAGUGCAGCAAGGUGCAUGGCCAGCUCACCAAGGAGGCGGCCAUGGGACAGGGCUUCGAUCGGCACCUCUUCGCCCUCCGACACACGGCCCAAAAGGAGGGCGCACCCCUUCCCGAUCUCUACGAGACUGAUGCCUACAAGCGCAUUAAUAACAACAUAAUCAGUACCUCAACCUUGGGGUCGGAUGCCCUGCUAGCGGGUUCCUUCGGUCCCGUGGUCAGGAACGGCUUCGGAAUCGGCUAUUCGAUUCAGAACGAUUUCGCCGGCGCCAUAGUCACCACGUACAAAAACCAGGCCGAUGGAAAGAUGUUUAUAGACAGUCUGGAAUCUGCAUUUGAUAAAAUUUGCGCUGUCAUUCAGCAGAGCGGCAGUAGCAAGAAAUAGGAGGGCACCCAAGGAGUCCGACCCUGCCCCAAUGAAUAUGGCUUUAACGAAACCAGGAGAUUUAUUUUGAUGCUUUUACACUGUAUCCCUUGCGUCUGAAUUGCAAUAUCUUAUUCCUAGCUCUACAAUUUAUAGAUUAUACACUGAAAACAUUCUACCCCGUCUAAAGCAUCUGCGUCUGCUGUUAUCCGGCUGCUUUUAUUGCUUUUGCGGCUGAUGGGAUAAUAAAUUGGCCAACAUAUGGUAGGGCUUUGCAAUUGAAAUUGAAACGAGAAAUAAUUUACUAUUAAAAACAUAGAUGGGUGAGACUUGGUGUAAUAAAAGUGGAUUUAACAAGAACUAAAA